AUGAGAAAACCAAUGAGAUACCUUCCUAUAAUUACUCUACUCAGCAAGACAGUCUCUUGCUUAGCCCAAGGCCAAGGCAAGGUGAAUGUAGUGACUAUUCAGGGUGCACAGGAUCUCCCAAACCCAUCUGCAGUCUGUGAAAGACUUGGUAUGCAGCCUUUUAUCCUCAGAGCUGAAGACAUGAACAUGGUUCUGUCAUCAAUGAGAGCAUCAGGCGUUGCCAGAGCACACAUUGCAGGAUGGAAUGAUGAGAAGAUCAACAUGGUAAUCGGCACUGCUGCUGGUGAUGUAACCCCAAUGGAUUACAGCAACAAGACAAACAGUGUUCUUUGCCUGAAGACUGGAGUCACUCCAUGCCCAGCACCGGCUCCAUGCCCAGCACCUGCCCCAGUGUGCCCAGCACCCUCUCCAGCUCCAGCUCCAGUGUGCCCAAAACCAUGCCCAGCACCUGCACCAGUAUGCCCAGCACCCUGCCCAGUACGUGAGAACGAGUGCUGCAAAGCACCAAAUGUUGAAAUCAAGGACAACAGAGGAUGCCCAAUUGCAUGCUGCAAACCAACCAAAUGUGAAGUAAAGAGAAGACUAACACCAUGCGACUCCCCCUGUGUAAGAAACUACCCACACAAGAAGGUCUACGUUAUUGAUGAGAUGACCCUUUUCUGCGGACCUUUCAUAAGAAUCGUUGAGACCAAAUGCAAGCCAUUCUCAAGAGACACAAUCUGGACAUUCUCCAAGGCAUUCCCAAUCAGCACAGGUCUUUUAAGAAUCCCAACAAUUCUUAGAACUCCAUCUGUUUUACACAAGGCCCUUUGCGAGGCAAGAGCUAAAUUCAGCGUGUGCGGAUGUGUCUGUCUCUUCAUUGACCACUUCAAUAACAUAUACAUUGCUGUAGGCGACGACUUCUACCUAGUCAUCCCCAACAAGCCAUGCAUGCCAUUCCCAUGGAUGCCAAGAAGACCUUUCCCAGGCCCAGUGUUCCCACCAAUGCCAUUCCCCCCAAUGCCAUGUGGACCAAUGCAAUGCCCACCAAUGCCACUGUACAGAGAUUGCUCACCAUGCGCAAAGCCAGUGAAGUGCGGAACAGACCCAUGCGAGAAACCAUGUGCACCAAUGUUCACAUUCUGCAAGGUAUCAUGCGAGCACAUGUUCCAGGUAAGAAGAAGAGGUCUCUACGCAGUCGUUUUCUCUAGAAAUCUUGGUCUCUACUAG